AUGUCCAACCUGGAGGCCAUGCUCCCCGCCACCGACGGCUUUGUGCACCUCCACCUCCUCAACGGAGGCAGCAUGACAGCCGAAUACCACAAACUGCACGCCGGCGAACCCGCGGAGGAAUUCCGGCUGUACAACUGGGCGUUUUUGAUCCAGCAUCCGACGCUGAAGAGGAAUGUUGUUUGGGAUUUGGGGAUGUCCUCGAACCCAGAGGACUUCCCACCCGUCAUCGCCAACGGCGUGAUCAAAGACGCGAAAAUCUUGGAUCCGCGCGAGCCACUUGUCGCGCAGAUUGAACGGAGGACUGGAGUUGCGGCGGAUCAGGUUGACACUGUUCUGCUCAGCCACGCCCACUUCGACCACUGCCGCCCGAUCACCCCCCUUUUCCCCGCCGCAACAGCCUACUUCGGUCCCGGGACAGCCGAGUUCUGCAGCCCGGGCCAUCUAGCCGAUCCCUCCUCCCCGUGGGACGGACGAUACUUCGACCCGAACCACGCAACAGAGCGGUGGUCAACGCUCAGCGGCCCCUGGGUACCAUUCGGACCCUUCGAUUCCGCAAUGGACUUCUUCGGCGACGGCAGUUUCUGGAUUAUCCAAGCGCCCGGCCAUAUGCCAGGUAACCUUGCGGCGUGCGCGAGACUCUCGAGCGGGGAGUGGGUUAUGCUGGCAAGUGACUGCUGCCAUUCGAGGGGUUUGCUGGAGGGCAGCAAGGAGAUCGCGACGUUCGAUGUUCCUGGUGGGGGCGUGGGGUGUUUGCAUGUGGAUGUUGAGGCUGCGAGGGAUACGUUAGGGAGGAUUAGGGUGUUGCGGAGGGAGUACGGGGUUCAUGUUGCGCUUGCGCAUGAUGCGAGUUGGAUGGAGAGGGAGGAGGAUCAUGUCCUGAUGUCGUUGCUUGAUGAGGUGUUUAAGAGGGAUAUGCGGAGUGCUUUGCGGAAUCAGGAGCCGUUUUGA